UUUGCAAGUCGCUAAAUAAAGAAGAAGCCGUGCGAGAUGGCUGCCUCCGGGUACUGAGGAGUAAACGAUUUGCAUCGCUAGUUAUUUUCUGCCAGUGUGAGAGAAUCGGCCACAGAGAGGACUACUGCAGAGAAAAAAAUGCUUUUGAAAAACACCCUGAAAUCAGCAGCAGCGGUUUUACGAACAUGGACUGCUUUUUCGGGCUCGCCGUACGGGAGUGUCACAGCAGGACGGCCGCACACUCACCUCCUCACCCGGAGUCACUCAGUCAGGAGUCAUGAAAACUUCACAAGCCAAUCAGUGAGACAGUAUGCCCAAGCAGUACGAAAAAAGCAAGAGUUUCGGAGUCAACUACAAGACUUGUCACCAUCGAUGCUGAAACCUGAAUAUGCUUCUGUUCCCCUUGCUCACACGGUUGACGAUGUGGUCAAGAAGCUUCUCUCACUGGAACUCGCAAGCCAUAGUGAAAAACUCCACCUGAAGAGGAAACAGCUGGUUGCAAAGGUCCAGAGGGAUGAAAAUGACCACAGCUCACCAGAGGUUAAGAUUGCCAUUUUGACAGCACAAAUUCGCAACUUUCAGGAGCACUUGCAUAAGCACCCCAAGGACAAAGCUAACAAAAGGUGGAUGCUGAUGAGCAUUGACCAAAGGAAUAAAAUGCUAAAAGUCCUGAGAAGAACCCACUAUGAUGCAUUUGAGAAGGUCUGUCAAGAACUUGGCAUCUCAUAUACGUUCCCUCCGGAGUACUACAGACGGGCUACCCGACGCUGGUUGGCUAAGAAGGCCCUAUGCAUCAAGGUCUUCAAAGAGGUCCAGAAGCAGAAAGCAGAGCAGAGAAAUAAAAUCAAACAGUCGCUGUCUCAGGAGAAGACUGAGACCUCAAGCACUAGCCCUCCAGAUGACCAAGGGACUGCAGUAUAAUAACACAUACAGGCUAAUCAUAUAAAGUAACUGCAGCUAAAUACAUAGAGGUAGAAUUGGUUACCUUUAUCACUCUACAAAACCUGAUGUUUGUUCAUUAUUUGAAGAUCCUGUGUCAAAACAUUUUCAUCUAUCCAUCAAAAUGAGUCCAUGUUGUCCAUCUGUCAACAUUACUAAAUAAAUGGUUUGUGCUCUGUUCAA